AUGAGUCAAUCGGGCGCGCAGCCCGUCUCGGGAGUGCCAGUGCAGGACUCUGCCACAUUAUCACAAUCGUUCGUGCCCCCACCGCGGUCGUCGUCGCGGGACUUGCCUACUAACAGCAGCAGUACACAACCCGGUGCGUCGAACGUCGGCGCCGCCAACGAAUCGCAAAGCGCAACACUAGGUGUCCCUGGGCAGUCUGCACAGCCAAGUGCCUCUACACAGACUAGCGAUGCAACCCAGGGUCGCUCUGAGAGUAUAGGGCAAGGCUCAAAACGAAGUCUGACGGGUCGGCGGAGAGAUAGAAGUGCGGGCAGCAGGCGGAAAGACCAUCUGAACGAAAAGUCAAGCACAGGACAGCCGGGAGACCAGCAGAAGCCACCGAAGAAGAAAGGCGGCAUCUUGUCCUUUCUGCCCUGCUGCGGUACAUCCGACAAUGAUGCAGACUCUCCCGUGCAGGAACCCGCACAACCGGCCAAGCCCGUCAACAAAACACAGCCUGCCAAGUUGCAAUCAUCGAGAACGCAGCAGAACGCCAGUACCACGGACACAAGCAACACACAAGACUCCAAGGAUGCCAUUGAUGAAAAGACUGCGCAGAAACAGGCUGAGAAUCAUGGUUCAGGAUCCGAUACUGUCAUGUCGGAGAAGACUCCAGGUGCUGCCAGCGACAAGCCCGUUCCUGAUCUUCCUGCAAAUGCGCCCAUCCAGUCUAACCCGGAGACCAAUCCAAUUGGCAGAAACAUGGUUCCAGCCGAGCCCGUUACUGGUCCACCACACAUCGUUACCUCUGGGCCGUCAGGUGGGCCGCUCGAUACAAGCAACAGCAACAAUCCUUCCGUUCAAGUACAAGCCCCGACCCCCGUAGUACCGGUGGACGAUGAAAACCCCACAUUUGACCGAACAGCCGAGCAGAAACGGCGUGAUGAGGACAUUGAGAUGGCCGACAAGGAACCACUGACGCAAGCCGAGGCACAAGAGAUUGCAAAGGACGUCGAAAGAUCUCAUCAAGACCAGUCACAAGGCUACGACGUGACGACAUUGCCUCCGCCGCCUCCAUUACCGAAGUCUGACGAUGGCACUCUGGCGACUUCAGGAGGUACUUCGAUAGCUACCACAUCAGAGCAUGAUCAGAGGCCCAGUGCACUCUUACCUCCCAUGAGGCCCGAACACCGCGGACGGAAGUGUCUAGUCUUGGACCUGGAUGAGACGCUGGUGCACAGCAGUUUCAAGAUUCUCCAUCAAGCUGACUUCACGAUCCCGGUCGAGAUCGAAGGCCAAUAUCACAAUGUAUACGUCAUAAAGCGACCUGGCGUAGAUACAUUCCUCAAGCGAGUGGGUGAGCUGUACGAGGUGGUCGUCUUCACCGCAUCAGUGUCGAAAUAUGGCGAUCCCUUGCUCGACCAGCUGGACAUUCACAAUGUGAUCCAUCACCGACUAUUCCGGGAAAGCUGUUACAACCAUCAAGGCAACUACGUCAAGGACUUGAGUCAAGUCGGACGGGAACUCAAGGAGACCAUCAUCAUCGACAACUCCCCUACCAGCUACAUCUUCCACCCGCAACACGCGGUACCGAUAAGCAGCUGGUUUAGUGAUGCACACGACAAUGAGCUCCUGGAUCUGAUUCCUGUGUUGGAAGAUCUUUCCGGCGAGCAGGUCGCGGAUGUCAGCAUGGUGCUUGAUGUUGCGCUAUAG